CCCAAUUCAUCUAACAAACGGACCCUUAUCGCAAUUCCACAUCGCCAACUCCGCCUGCCUUCCUUCCUUCCUUCUUCUUCUGCCCUUCUUCAUCUUAGUUCUAUUGCCGAUAAACCUCUAAAGCCCCUUUGAUCCAAUUCCAAAUCAUCGACCGAUGGAGUACAACGAGGAGGAGAACGAGGCGGCGUCGAAUCAUGUACCGGAAGCGUCUGCAGGUUCUUCUGUACCUUCUUCGUUUCAAUAUGCAGAUAAUUAUCGAAAUUAUGAUUUAUUGGAUGAAUCCGCUGUCACUGGUUUCGGUGGUGAUGGUGAUAGUAUUAGUAGGAAUGGUGUGAGGGGUGCUGCGUCGGAGGAUGAGGAUUAUUUGAGUGGUGCGGAGGAGGAUGGGGAUGAGGAGGAGGAGGAGUUCUUAAUGGCGUUGGAUAAACCGGUUUUGGAUGAGACUGUGGGAGAGAUUGGUAGGGAUAAGAAAUUUGAUUCCCAUGGGGAGGGUGAACCUGGUGAUGGUGGCGGUUUUGGGGAAGGGAAUAAGGAUGGUGAGGGAUAUGAGAAUGAUGUGAGGGAAAUUGAGGAGGAUAAGGUUGGUGGAAAACAUGAGGUGCUUGAUUCAGAUAAUGGAGUUGCAGAGACCAUGGAUGGUGAUAACUCUGAUAAGGAGAAACAGAGUGAAUUACUUCCAGUGAGUAAGCCAGAAGAGGAGGAGAAGGUGAUUUCUGAAGUGGCGGAUGGGAAGGAGGGAGAAAGCAAAUUACUGAAUAUCAGAGAUGAGUUGAAUGAGCCAUUGGAGAAAGUAGUUUCUGAGGUUGCAGAUGAGAAAUUGGAGGCCUGUGAAGAGAGGGAACAGUUUCUGGUUAGGGAUGAACUGAGUGAACCUCAGGAGAAGGUGGUUUCGGAGGUGGUGGUGGAUGAACCCGAAGAAUUUAAAUCCGGCGAAGCAACUCUCAUGCCUUCGGGGGAUUCUGUUGUCGAUACUAUUCAGGUUGAUGUGGUUUAUCCUGGGGUGGCUGUUGUCGGGGAGACAGAAGAAAAUGGCCAUAUGGAUGAUAAGCCGGCGGAGAAAGAUAUUUGUGAAGUGGCUGUGGCUAAAUCUGCCUACGAUGUUUUGGAGGAAGAAGAGAUUGGGGAAGGUAAACUGUACAAGAGAAGUUCCGAACCUGUUGGUGAAACUAAGGAUGAAAAGGAUCAAAAGAAUGAAAAUUCAGAAGCUGGAGUUGGUGAUGGAUUGGAGAAUGGAGUUCACACAUCGGUCGUGGACGAUGAUCUGAAGAAACCCGGGGGGCUUGAGAUUGGCGGAGUAUUGAAAUCAAAUGGAGACGGGGAUGAUCAUACAGUACUUAACCCGAGCAAUGGUGAGAAUGCUAAUCUUGAUGCACAAAACGAUGGAUCAGCUGAAGAAGUAUCCGAGGAAUCGAAACCUAGCCCUAUUGAAAUUAGAGAAGUGGAUGAAGAUUCAAUAUCGGAUGGGGGCACUGAUGACAUUCUUGGGGGUUCCCAACCCGCCAAAAAUCUCAUCGAUUCUGGUGAGGGUUCUCACACGGGGCCAGGUAGUUCAGUCGAGCAGUCGCCGGGGAUCAAUGGCCAAAUUGUCACUGAUUCAGAAGAAGAUGGAGACAGUGACGAUGGUGGAGAUGGGAAGGAGAUGUUCGAUUCUGCCGCCUUGGAAGCACUUCUGAGGGCAGCAACUGGUUCCGAAACUGAUAGUAACAGCAUCAACAUAACCUCUCGGGACGGAUCUAGGCUUUUCACACUGGAUCGUCCUGCAGGGCUUGGAUCUUCGCAUCAGUCUAUGAGGCCUGCUCCUCGACAGUAUAAUCCCAACACUUUCAGUGUUGCAACUCAUGCUACCGAGCAAUCCGAGGAAAGUCUCAGCGACGCGGAGAAGAAGAAGCUCGAAAAGUUGCAACAGAUCAGGGUGAAGUUCUUGAGGCUUGUUCAUAGGUUAGGCCUUUCCAUCGACGAAAAUAUGGCUGCACAGGUUUUAUACCGUCUAGCGCUUCUUGGCGGGAGGUCAGGCAGUCGAUUCUACAGCUUGGACGCUGCUAAGAACAUGGCAUUGCAGCUGGAAGAGGGCGGAAACGAUUUAGACUUCUCCGUGAACAUUCUGGUUAUCGGAAAAUCGGGAGCGGGAAAAAGUGCGACGAUCAAUUCACUAUUCGGGGAGAAGAAGGCGUCUGUUGGUUUGUUCGAAACCGGGACAGCUUCCGCGCAACAGCUUUCUGGGAUUAUCAAUGGAGUUAAGGUUAAUGUGAUCGACACGCCUGGUCUGAAGGCGUCUGCUCUAGAACAAAGUUCCAACAGCCGCGCAUUAUCUCCGGUGAAGAAGCUAACGAAGAAAAAUCCCCUCGACGCCGUUAUUUACAUCGAUCGAUUGGAUGCGCAGUCUAGGGGUCAUAGCGAUCUACCUCUCUUAAAGACUGUCAGCGAAACUCUCGGUUCUUCGAUUUGGCGAAAUGCCGUAAUCGGGCUCACACAUGCUGCCUCGGCGCCGCCGGAUGGACCUUCGGGUACUCCUCUGAGCUAUGACGUUUAUGUUUCUCAAAUGUCCCGUGUCGUCCAGCAGUACAUUGGCCAUGCUGCCGGCGAUCUUCGAAUGAUGACGAAUCCUGUGUCUCUGGUUGAGAAUCAUUCAUCUUGUCGGAAGAACAGGGAAGGGCAGAAGAUACUUCCUAACGGUCAGAGCUGGAGGCCUCAGUUGCUGCUGCUCUGCUAUUCGAUGAAGAUUUUAUCCGAAGCGAGCAACGUCGCGAAGCAACAGGAAGAUACAUUCGAUCCCCGGAGGCUAUUUGGUUUCCGAGCUCGAUCUCCGCCUCUUCCUUACAUGUUGUCUACAAUGCUGAUGUCUCGCCCGCACCCAAAGCUUCCUGAUGGAUUGGGUAUCGAUGUCGAUUUGGAUGAUUUGUCAGAUUCAGAUUUCGAAGGAGAAGAAGAGGAAGACGAGUACGACCAGCUGCCGCCAUUUAAGCCUCUUAAGAAAGCUCAAAUAGCGAAGCUCAGCAAAGAACAAAAGCAGGCAUACCUCGACGAGUACGAUUACAGGGUGAAGCUUUUCGAGAAGAAGCAGUGGAAGGAAGAGAUAAGAAAAGUGCGAGACAGUAAGAACAAACCGGAGGAGGAGGAAUCAGAAUCCGACGCCGGAGCUCCAGCUCCGAUGGCAGUUAUGCCUGAGAUGGCUCUACCACUGUCGUUCGAUGCCGACAGUACAACGUAUAGAUACCGUGGCCUGGAGCCUUCUUCGACCUUUAUCGCAAGGGCGGUCUACGACAGCCAUGGCUGGGACCAUGACUGUGGCUACGAUGGCGUCAAUUUGGAGCACAAUCUAGCAAUCGCGAACCGCUUUCCAGCAGCAUACACAGUUCAAUUCUCGAAAGAUAAGAAAAGGUUCAGUGUGAAUCUAGAUUCCUCGAUUUCAGCCAAGCAUGGGGAGAAGAUCUCGACCAUGGCAGGAUUCGAUGUGCAGGCAAUUGGGAAGCAGCUUGCUUAUAUCCUAAGAGCCGAGACCAAAUUGAGGAAGAUUUUGAAGAGAAACAAACAUGCAGGGGGAGUGUUCGUGACGUUCUUAGGGGAGAAUGUGAUCCCCGGCGUGAGGGUGGAGGAUCAGAUUUCUCUGGGGAAGGAGUACAUGGCGGUGAUCAGCGGAGGCGCCGUACGGUCGCAGCAGGACACCGCGUACGGCGGCAACGUGGAGGUGCAGCGGCGGGAGUUUGAGGAAACUCCGGCGGGGCAGGUGCAGUCGAGUUUGAGCUUAUCGGUGGUUAAGUGGAGAGGAGAUUUGGCUUUGGGGUUCAAUGGGGUGAUGCAGUUGUCGUUGGGGCGUAAUACGAAGGUUGCUGUUCGAGCGGGGGUUAAUAACAAGAUGAGCGGUCACGUGACGGUGAGGACGAGCAGCUCCGACCAUCUUUCGCUGGCGGUGGCGGCCAUUGUUCCGACGCUGAGGUACAUCUACAGUAAGUUUUGGGUUGGGGAGGACAGGUACUCGAUUUACUAGUUUUUGUUUUUGUUCUUGGUUUCGUUUCGUUUUCUUCUUUCCGAUUGGACUGAGGCUGAGGUGCAGCGUUCUUCAUCUUUGGAUUUUUGAUUUUUUCUUUUUUCCAGUAAUAAUAAUCUUAAAUUUCACUGCCU